AGGAAAACAACAAAACUGCUUGUUGUUAUACGAAAAAAACAAAAUUACUAAGCAAAAAGUUCAAUAUUAAAUAAUCCUACAAAGAACUAUUUCAAUGACAUAGCUAAUAAACUUUAAAUAUUACCAACAAAAAUAGGCGACACAAAGAACUAAAAUAAAAUAAAAUAAAAGUAAUAUUAAAAAAACACUUGCAUACCACAAAAAUAAGUGUAUAAAGUUAAAAAUAAAAAAAAAAACAAGAAACCCUCUCAACUGCUACAGUUCAGUCAUCGAAUCGACAAGACAGUUACAAUACAAUAAAAGACAACUAAAGUCGAGCAACUACASCAGUAACAGUUAAGAAACGCCGCAGCAGCUCUUCGGCAGUAGAAAAUCAACCAAAAGCAACAACUUCACUAACAGCGCAGCCUAAAGGAAAAAAAGCACAAGACAGCAAAAAUGGCCGACAAGAAGAUAGCAGAACAAUACUAUUCGCCACCGCCAAAGAUGGGCAAAUGGGAGGGUUUCAAAAAAUUCAUAUGGAACAGUGAAACUAGCCAAUGCCUUGGACGAACAGGAGGCAGUUGGGCAAAAAUUUUAUUUUUCUAUAUUAUUUUUUAUGCGGCGUUAACUGGAUUCUUCGCUGCCAUGUUGGCUGUGUUUUAUCAAACACUGCAAGUGGAUAAACCCAAAUGGACAUUGGGCGAUGGAAUGAUUGGUUCGAAUCCAGGUCUUGGCUUUCGACCAAUGCCCCCAGAGGCAAAUGUAGAGAGCACUUUAAUCUGGUACGAGAAAUCGAGACCCGAAAAUUACAAAUACUGGGUCGAUGAAACUGCAACAUUCCUCCAAUCCUAUGAAAAUCUACCAAAGCAGAACCAAGUGAAUUGUUCAUUCGAAAAUCCACCACCAGAGGGUAAAGUUUGCGCUUUUGAUGCCAACUCUUUCGCUCCAUGCACAAAGGAGAACAACUUCGGCUAUCAUCAGGCCAGACCAUGCAUAUUCCUGAAGUUGAAUAAGAUUUACAACUGGGAACCAGCUAUCUACAACGACUCAAAACAUCUACCAGUUGAUAUGCCUGUCGAACUGCAGAACCAUAUUAAAGAGAAGGAAAGCUUGCGACCAAAUCAAACCAGCGUCGUUUGGAUCUCCUGCGAAGGCGAAAACCCUGCCGAUGUGGAAAAUAUUAAGGCACGCGAUUACUAUCCACGCAUGGGUUUCCCCGGCUAUUAUUUCCCAUUCAAAAAUAUCGAAGGAUAUGUACAGCCAAUUGUUGCCGUACAAUUUACCGUUGAAACCGGCGUUUUAAUCAACAUUGAAUGCAAAGCCUGGGCAAGCAACAUUAAACAUGAUCGCGCAGAAAGGAAAGGAUCCGUCCACUUCGAAUUGAUGGUUGAUUAAGAGCUUGCGCGCAGCCAAUAAGUGAACGAAGCACAGAAAAUAAAUUAAUAAAACAAAAAUCAUAACAACCACACAAAAGAAAACCAAAAAUAAACAAUAACAAAAAACAAAGAGAACACUUAGCAGGUGAAAUAAUAAACGCAGCAGUAAAUAAAAAUGGACUACAGUUAUUAAAAGAAAACAAUAACAGAAGUAAAUACAAAACCAAAGAAAAACAACAACAAAAUAGUAGCAAGAUUAAGUCAAGAAACAUGCAGGGAAGGGCAAAAACAGGCAAAAAGGUUAAAGCAGCAUAAAGAGAGAGCAGAGUAGUAGAGAGAGAUAGAGAGAGAGAGAGAGAGAGGGUCAAUGUAAUGAAGGCGAGUGUGUGAUGUACCUAUGUGCUUGAAGGAGUGAAUGAGAGAGCAAGCUAGGAGAAAGCUGAAAGARGAAUGCAUGAAAAAUACAGCAACAACCAAAGAAUAAGAACAACAAGCCGAAAAAAGAAAUAAACUAAAGCAGAAAUAAAAAGCGCUAUUUGUAUAGAGCAUAUGCGAGCAGUGACAACAACAACCACAACAAAAAUAAAGGCUAUAAUACAAAGAAAAAACUAAAAAAUGUGUGCAAAAUAGGAAAAACCAAAAUACUUGAGAUAAAAAAUUGCUAAACAUUUAUUUUGCCAGAACGAAAACAUGCAAAUACAUUACAAAUUGCAGCAAACAAAAGUAAAAAAAAAACAACACUGCGGCAACACUGCUAAAUAGAGCGAGAGCAAACCAAAAAAGGAAAAUAAUUAAAUGAAAAUGCAUAAAAAAAUAAGAAUUAAAUUAAUUAAUUUAAUAGACAAAGCGUAACAAGGCAUCAUUCAAUACAUAUGUACAUACGUACUCGUAUAUAUAUUUUUUUUUGGAGACACAAAAAAAAA